GAUAACAAAUCGAGAGCAUAUAGCUCGGAUUAUAUUCAAAAGUUAACUGUACAUAGAAAUGGCACGUUUUCACUUGACGCCCCAACAACUGCUUUGGAUUCUUGAAAUAUUAGGAGUGUUAUCCAGUACAUCGCCAAAACCGAUAUCUGGAAGAUUUUACAACAUUCUUCGAAAUAUUUUUUGGUAUCUUAUCUGUGGCAAUUUUAUAUUUCAAUUAAUCGGCGAGAUACUCUACAUUUAUCACAAUCAAGAUGAUAUCAUUAUGAUACUAAAAACUAUAUUGAUAGCUGCUUGUGUUACUGAUGGACUCCUAAAUCUCAUAUUAUGUCACAUUCAAAGAGAACAACUUCAGCAUCUUUUAGAAGAAAUUAAAAACUAUCUACAAACUGCUAAUGAGAAUGAUAUAAAUAUUCUGCAGAAACAUAUGAAUCGUUAUAUGUUAAUAUCAGCAGCAAAUAUUUUAUUGCUAUCCUGUGCUGGAUUGAUCAUCUGCUUUCGUCCUCUGGUCACAAAUGAUCGUUUUCCUGUUGAUGUGUGGUAUCCAUCUUUUAUGGAUAUACCACUUACAAUUAGAUCAUUUUUAAUCUAUGUCUCUCAAAUUUUUUCCGGCAUAGAAUGUGUUCUAGCCUUUAAUACCGAUAUCACAAUCGCCACAUUUAUCUGUUAUUUCACCGCUAGACUCGAAGUAUUACAACAUAAUUUGAAAAAUACAAAAACCAAAGAUUUUAUACAUGCAUGUAUUAAAGAACAUCAAGAUAUUAUCAAAUUAGUUGAAGUGACCCAAGCUACUAUACAAUAUUUAAUUCUAAAAUUUAAUCUUACCAUGGGCAUAACUGUAGUUUGCAGUUUCUUUCCACUAAUAAUUAAUCAACCCUUGGCUGUAAAAGGUCAAUUUAUGUUCACAUUACUUAGUGCAUGCCAAAGAUUUUACAUCGGUGCCUGGUCAGCAAAUGAUUUAAUUGAGAGGAGCGAACAGAUUGCAUACAACUUUUCGUUUGAAGAUUAUAUGACACCAGAAACCAUAAAUGAUAUUUUAUUCAUAAUAAUUAGAAGUCAAAAACCUCUUACAAUAUCAAUGUUUAUGACAAAGGCUUUUUCUUAUUUUACGGCAUUGAAGAGUUUAUUAUAA